AUGCGAGAGACCACUAAUAGAGCAGGUGCAGUUGCUCGAGCUGAUGAUGAGGCGCAGGCCUCAGAGCUACGUGUUGGACGCCUUCCUCCAAUCGGUUCUAACCGGAAACAAAGGAAUGAGCAGCAGGCGGUGGCGGGGUUCUGCGUACCUCGCCACUGGACUGGUAGAGUAUCCACUACAGUGGAGGAGCCGGUGGCUGAGGAUCAAGUGGCUAAGGAGCAAGUGGUUGAUGAGCCGGUGGUUCAGGUGGUUGUUGAGCCGGUGGUCCAGGAGGUUCAGCAGACGGUGGUUCAGGAUCAGGUGGUUCAGGAGCGGGUCGUUCAGGAUAUAGACACUACCACUUGUCCAUCUACGGAGCCAUCAGUACGCACAGAUGGAGGUUUCCCUGGAGGACCUUCUGAGAGGUCCGUGUUGACGAGAUACGCUGACCAUGUCGCUUAUAGGAUAUGGCAUGGCGAGGUCGCUUCUCAUGGGUCAAAGUUGAAGAACUUCCCCGAGAGUCGGAUGCCUGAGCAGGUGAGGAGGAUAGUUGAGGAUUUCCAUCUGAUGGACUUUACUGGAUGCUCCUUGACGAUGUUGGAUGCCUCCUUAUUAUCAGCUUUUGUUGAGAGGCGACACCCGAAGACAUCAUCUUUCCAUCUUCCAUUUGGGGAGAUGACGGUGACUUUAGAUGAUGUGGAUGCACUCUUUCACAUUCCAAUUGCUGGUACAUUUUUCACACCAGUUUAUAGGGACUAG